AAGCUACGGCGUUGUUCGGUGAAUGUGUUUUCGUGUUGCCCGAGCACACCUAGAAGGGGCCACGUUGCUCGGCCUAAGUACGUUUUCAUGUUCGUCGGAACAAGAGAGAAUAUAGCGGCGUGAGGAACAAUGCUCAUGUCAGACCUAUAUCUACAGGCAAAUAGCGCGUCAUUUGCUCACUUCAUAAAGCAGUAAAGCUGCCGAUACGAGGUACGCCAAUCCCGUGCGCUUACAGAACACAUAUUCGUACUUGUUUCCGACAGCAAGGAUCAAAGAACUCCAGAUGACAUUUUGCAUUCACCGAUGUGCGUUAUAACGUCUGACGGCCGCCACAGAACCGUAAUCCACCUCGCUUACGUAUGAAUAGCGUAUAUCAGCGUUGGAUCUCAAGCUCGCACCUUACGAUUAUUUCCCCAAAAAAUAGGAACACUGGCAAAGAUGAACAAUCCGAGGAGUUAUAUAUGGCAGGAUGAGAACCAAGAUCUCCAUCUCAGCAGACAGCUUGCAUAGUUCAUUAACCGGCGCUGCUGCCAUCACCGAUCACAUGGCGGAUAUAAUUCCAACCUCUACCUUCGAUAUUAACGCCACAAUGAGUAACAGCACCACGUGGUGGAACAUGAGCAAAAUGAAAGAGGAGUAUGGACACGACGUGGUUGCACUGCAUUCACAGACUCCCGUGGAGUACGCAGUUCCAAUGCUGGGAUAUAUCGGACCAGUCUUCAUUAUCUUUACUGUAAUAUUCAACACUCUGGUUGUUAUCGUUCUGCUCAAGAAACAUAUGAGGACCUCCACAAAUGUUCUGCUGACGGCGAUGGCCGUGUCCGACACGCUUACCGGGCUCGUCAUUCUACCUUGGUGCAUGUACUACUACUCAUUUCAGAACUACAAACAGCCGAUGAGCUUACUAUGGUGCAAAAUCUAUCAGUUCACGGAGGAACUUAUACCGACUAUAUUUCACACGGCGUCCAUAUGGCUGACGAUGAGUCUUGCCAUUCAACGGUACAUCAUGGUCUGCAAGACGAGGCAUGCUAAGAAAUGGUGCUCAAUGCAUCGCGUCAAGUGGGGCAUCGUGUUCAUCUAUGUCACGAGCAUUCUGUAUAAUAUACCCCGCUUCGUAGAUAUCGACUUUCUCAUGGUGGAGGUGCCGUGGCCGAUGCCGCUGGAAGGUGCCUGGGUCGAUAAGCCAUUCAAGGAACACUGCGCCUUUCAAACCAAAUCGUGGGUCGUCGGCAUUGAGGAUAUUUACUACAAUAUCUACUACUGGUUUCGGGUGGUUUGUGUUCAUUUUGUUCCUUGCACUACGCUGGUUGUCCUCAACGCCUGUCUACUGAACGCGAUGCGAAAGGCUCAGCAGCGUCGAAAGAAACUGAUGCAGGAGAACAGAUGCUCAGAGUCGAAGAAGUUACGGGACACUAACUGCACGACAGCCAUGCUAAUCGUGGUCGUUACCGUAUUUCUGAUCGUCGAGAUCCCGACCGGCAUAGUGUUCAUUUUCCACAUACUGGCCAACACAUUUCAGAUUCAGAUUAUGGAAGUCCGAGACAUGAAUGUUGUCUCACUCACGACGGCGUUCCUGAUUAUCUUAAGCUAUCCGAUAAAUUUUUUUAUCUACUGCGGCAUGAGCAAGCAGUUCAGGAACACGUUCAAGCAGCUGUUCGUAAAAGGAGAUGGCCGAAACUCGAUCAACAGCACCAGGGAGAGAGAGUACUGCACGUUGAACGGCAACACAAUUGAACGUCCUGAAUGCGAUGACGUCACUGCCCUGUAAUGUCCUCUAUCAGUGUCUGAAAUAAUUUCGUCUGCGCCUGACUGCAGGAACGCACACGUGAUGUUCACAAAUUGCAUGACUUCUGUGUGGACGUAGUUGAAUCACGCCCUCUAGUGCCGUAGCUAUACCCUCAUCAGCAGCAUGAGACCCGAUGUGAGUCGCUUGUAUACGCAACCCGUGAAUGGAUGCGGUGGAAUCUGCUUGUUGGAACCACUACGGGAAAAAAAAAACAUUGGACGGUUACCGCGUCCAUAGCGUUGUACUUGAUACGUGCUGGUUGAAUCGGUUAUAGUGUUUCAAUAAAUGAACGUGCACAUUACGAAACAAACAUCGGUGCGCGAAAUUCACAGUAAGUGAUUGUAUCAUCAUUGACAGACUCGGUCACAGCUAUAGAUGGGUAUCGAGAUAAGAGCAUCUUCUACUCACCAACGGCCGACAUCAAAGUCAGCAGCUUAUAAUGAGGAGGAUUCAUACUAUACGUGAAAUCGCGUCCCUAUUCUAAAGCCUUUACAGUAUAUUUCGGUUGGUGCAUGAAUAUAGAAGUAGUUAGGGUAUAUAAUUAUUUGAGCAGCGCAUAUAUAGUCAAUAGAUGGCCGUGUUGUAUUAUCGGGCAGUCUCGUGCUAGCUGUGCAUUGGCGCCAUAUAUGCGCGGGCGGCUGUUGAAUGGUCGCUUUUACAGAUACCGCAUGCCAUUAUUGUAUAAACUAUGCUCAUCGCGACCAUAGAUUAUUUUGUUGUAUCCUAUAUUAUAUCGACUUUAUGCCCAUGCGAUUCUAGAUGAAACAUCUAUCAUCGUUAUAUGGUCAAAGCUGACGCGGGAUUAUUGUAUAUGUUUACUAACCAUUCCCAAAGCUCAGAAUUCCGGGAGCGUAUUGAAAAACUGAGACGAGAAUGCGCAAUUCGAAUUCGGAGCUUGGGCGAUGACAAGAACGAAUCGUUUUACGCGUGAUCAUCGUUGAUAUGCUUGCAAAUAUGGCGGCCGAACGUGAAUGUGUCUGUAUGAACGCGGCGUUUUCGUUCGCUGUAAGAGUAGUUAAGAACACACACGCGAAUGUCUGCCAAUACAUCACACUAAUGCAGAUGCGCACGCCCGCACGCGCGCGCGCACUUGCAUUAUCUAUUGCGUCCUUUGCGUUUUGUAUUCUUAGAUGGGAAUCAAUCGGUGGCGUGUUGUCAUCUAGAAGUUAUUGUAUGCGUAUAGCUUUCGUUAAAAUAACUCAUAUUGUUAUGUCUGUCGCCGUCAUCGCUACAUUUACGCGUACUUCGAGGCGUAUUCAUCUAAGUAUAAACCGAGUAUUUGGCCUUCGUAAAGGUUAGUGCACAUGCCUGUAUCAUACUCAGUGCUGCGCCAGCUACUACUUUCUGCUGUCGCGACUUACACACUACUUUACUUUACUGUCACUAACGACAAGCGAAGAUCACCAUAUAACUAUUAAACAAUGAUUGUGUUUCUGACUUUGUAUCGACAUAACUUCAUCAUUGACAUUAGCUAUAUAUACAGCGUUGAAAAUAAGAAAAAAAUCAGGUUGUCCAGGACAACCUGAUGGAAGAAAGUGGUUGUCCUCAACAAAAUUUGGUUGUCCUGAAUGUUAAUACUAUUAACUUUGUGGGUGGGGUUAUAUACAAUUACGUUUUGCACAGGUAUUUUUUAGGAUUGCAGAGGAUAGUGAAAAUAGUGAUUUGCUGGGUCAUGUGACCAAGAAAAAUAUUCAAAGAUCGCGGCCGUCAGCGGUGCAACAUGAAAAUACUAGUUGUCCACAGGACAACCACCUGCAAGAUGUUUGUUGUCCUGCAUGAUUUUUGGUUGUCAGGAUCACCACUAUUUCCAACGCUGUAUAGUAUAUAUAUAGAUAUUGAAAUGCCCGUUUUAAUCGCUUAGUUCACCAACUACUGUAACGAGCUCAAACUCAAAAGCUGUGAUUUUGCACAGGCGCGUAGGAAUAACCGUUCGGAGCUUCUUCCGUCUGGAUUCAGAUACGUGUCUGACAAUAUUGCGUUAUGUCUUGUCUACACUGUCUGAUUCAUUCUAAAGGCCCUUAAUAAAUAUGUUAGCUUCGAAUGUGUA